CAAAAAAACAACCCAGGGACGGGACCCCGUCAUGUUCCACUGACUGACCCCUCCCGCCCGGCGAAUGACAAGUGUGCAUCCGAGGGUGGGGCUUGCCUCAGUCUCUCAUGAUUGGCUGCUGGAUGGAAUUAAGGUGAAUGGAACACGUUCCCAAGGAGCAGGACCCUAACCAAUCGGAGGGAGAAGAGAAACAGUGGCUCAAUGGCCCGAAAAGGAAGAGGAAGAACAGCCAAUGUUCGGUGAAGAGUAUGACUGGGUACAUCCCCAGCUACCUCGAAAAGGAUGAGCCAUGUGUGGUGUGUGGCGACAAGGCCACAGGUUACCACUACCGCUGCAUUACCUGCGAGGGCUGCAAGGGUUUCUUCCGUAGGACCAUCCAAAAGAACCUCCACCCGGCCUACUCCUGUAAGUACGAUGGCUGCUGCAUCAUCGACAAGAUCACCCGCAACCAGUGUCAGCUCUGCCGCUUCAAGAAGUGCAUCGCAGUGGGCAUGGCCAUGGACUUGGUCCUGGACGACUCAAAGCGGGUUGCUAAACGGCGGCUCAUUGAGGAGAACAGGGAGCGACGAAAGAAGGAGGAAAUAGUGAAAACUCUCCAGAACCGUCCAGAGCCCACCACGUCGGAGUGGGAGGUGAUCCGCCAUGUGACCGAGGCCCACCGACACACCAACGCUCAGGGCUCCCAGUGGAAACAGAAACGCAAAUUCCUGCCAGACAAAAUCGGCCAGUCCCCGGUUGAGCCCUCGUCAGACGGAGACAAGGUGGACCUAGAGGCCUUCAGCGAGUUCACCAAGAUCAUCACUCCUGCCAUCACCCGCGUGGUCGACUUUGCCAAAAAACUGCCCAUGUUCUCUGAGCUACCUUGUGAAGACCAGAUCAUCCUGCUGAAGGGCUGCUGCAUGGAGAUCAUGUCGCUUCGAGCCGCCAUCCGCUACGACCCCGAGAGCGAGACGCUGACGCUGAGCGGGGAGAUGGCGGUGAAGCGGGAGCAGCUGAAGAACGGCGGGCUGGGCGUGGUGUCGGACGCAAUCUUCGACCUCGGCAAGAGCUUGGCGCAGUUCAACCUGGACGACACGGAGGUGGCGCUGCUGCAGGCCGUGCUGCUCAUGAGCUCAGACCGCUCCGGCCUGACCUCCAUGGACAAGAUCGAGAAAUGCCAGGAGACCUACCUGCUGGCGCUUGAGCACUACAUCAACUACCGCAAGCACAACAUUCCCCACUUCUGGCCGAAGCUUCUGAUGAAGGUGACGGACCUGCGGAUGAUCGGGGCGUGCCACGCCAGCCGCUUCCUUCACAUGAAAGUGGAGUGUCCCAAUGAACUCUUCCCGCCGCUCUUCCUGGAGGUGUUCGAGGACCAGGAGGUGUGAAAACACGGUUGCAACCAACGGCAAAGGGAAGAGGAAGUGCGGUGCAAACUUGGGAGAUGGGAAGGGCCAUCGUUUUUUUGUAGGGGAAGGAUGGAGGGAGAGUCCUCGAGGCAGGAAUCUGCGUUUUCUCCGGUCAUCACAAUUUACAGUUUGUGGUUUAAAAAAACAAAACUGGAACCAACAAUAACAGAAACAACACACCAGCAACAGGAGAGUCAAGCUAACAGAGGAUUUUGUUUUUUGAACACCCUCCACCUCUUUCUCCUCCUUUUUCUUACCCCUGUUUUAAAAUCCGAGUGGGGGCCCUUCUGUCUGAGCAUGAUGUCUUAUAUAGUCAAAGUUGUAGCCAUUUGCCAAGACACCUACACAGAUACACAUACACACACACACACACACACACACACACACACACACACA